AUGCCUAACCAGAGUGAAGACAAAUUUAAACAUAAGAAGUCUGUGGAUUUAACAACGGAUCAUAAUGAUAUAUCACAUCAAUUAUCAAUUCAUACUCGUCAAGGUCAUAAUAAAUUUUGGUCGGAAUCAAUUUUUCCAUUAAUCUUAUGUUUUUCAUGUCCAUUUUUUGUUCGAUCAAUUGUUUUCAUAUGUGGCCAUUGUCAUGGAUCGAUCAUAGAAUUUUUUUCACGACUGUUCUUCGAUCAAACCAUGACAUUAAAACAUGUAUUAGAAAAUUUUUUUUAUUUUCAAUGGCAUUGGCCAUCCGUAAUAAUUAUAAUAUCAUUUUUAAUAUAUGCUAUUGUAAUGACAAUGAUUUUACCAGGUGAAGAAUAUGCUGGACCUAUAACAGAUACAGGUCAUGUACCAAUUUAUCGAAAUAAUGGUUUUAUUUAUUAUAUUGUAUCAUUAAUUAUAUUUAUAUUAUUAACAAUUGUAUUAAAAUUAAAUCAUCUUUCUCCAACAUAUAUUUAUGAUCAUUGGGAAGAAUUUCUUUCAACUGUUAAUACAUUUGCUUUUCUUCUAUGUUUUUUUGUCAUGUUAAAAGGUAAAUAUAUGCCAUCAACAGAUGAUCAUCGAUCAUCAUCCAAUUGGUUAACAGAUUUUUAUCGUGGAGUUGAGUUAUAUCCAAGAAUAUUUAAUAUUGAUAUUAAACUUAUAACCAAUUGUCGAUAUGGUAUGUUAUCAUGGGCACUUUUAUCAAGUAUUUUUUGUAUGAAAACAUUUGAACUUCAUGGUUAUACAGAUAGUGCAUUAGUUACAUGUUUAUUAACACUUGUUUAUUUAACAAAAUUUUUUUGGUGGGAAUCUGGUUAUAUGAAAACAAUGGAUAUUAUUGUUGAUCGUGCUGGUUUUUAUCUUUGUUGGGGUUGUCUUGUUUGGGUAUCUGGUCUUUAUACACUUCCAUCAUAUUUUCUUGUUACACAUCCAAAUAAACUUGGCCCAGUGUUAACAAUUAUUAUUCUUACAUUAGGUUUUCUUUCAAUUUAUAUUAAUUAUGAUUGUGAUCAACAAAAAAUUGAUGUUCGAUCAAGUAAUGGUCAAUGUAAAGUAUGGGGUAAACCAGCUCAAAUAAUUCGUGCAAAAUAUGUUUUAUUAAAUGGUAAACAAUCUGAAAGUAUUCUUCUUGCAUCUGGUUAUUGGGCAAUAUCAAGACAUUUUCAUUACAUUCCAGAAUUAGCAUUAGCUUUUCUUUGGUCAUGUCCAUGUGGUUUUCAUUAUAUUUUACCAUAUAUUUAUUUUAUAUUUCUUUACAUAUUACUUAUGCAUCGAGCUCAUCGUGAUGAUCAAAAAUGUCGUCUUAAAUAUGGCAUAGCAUGGGAUAAGUACUGUCAAGUUGUUCGAUGGAAAGUUUGGCCUGGAAUUUAUUAG